AUGAACGAUGAUAAGCAAAUACAGUGGCAGGAGCAGAAAUCGAUGAUGAAACCUUCAUCCAUGUUCAAAAACCAUUACAAAACUGCAACUAAAUCAAGACCAAGACCCAUCAAUAAUAUGAAAUCAAACCCAAUGAACUUAAAUCGCCACAUCCAACCCUUGACCUUCAACAUCGAAUCAAUAAAUCAAAGCUCUCCACCCAGAAAUCGAACCAUUGGACGUCUACGGUUGCAUCGUGGGGGUGAGGCUGUGAACUUCUCAAAUUCAGUAGUAUCCAUAGAUUCGCUCCAGAAACUCAUUGGAAAGUACAUUGUUAAGAGACUAGACAGUGAGCUUCUCAGGCGAGGGAGAGAGAAAAGGGGCGAGUGA